AUGGAGAGGAAGCAAGAACUAGAGUGGUCUGAAGCGCAGAAGAUUGUGAUAAGCCGAGACCUUGUGGCUGCAGCUAAACAGCAGCUGCAAUUUCUUGCUGUUGUUGAUCGAAACCGGCAUCUCUAUGACAGCCCUGCUUUGUACAAGGCCAUUAACCGGUACAAAUAUGCUGAAUUUCAGGUGCGUUAUGUGAUUGAUUGUGCAAGUCUCUACAGGAGAAUCCUGGACAACAAGAAUGUUGUAUCUUCAACUCAGAGAACUUGCAAAACGAAAACAGAAGAAAUUUGGAACAAACUGUAUCGUAUACGAAAGAUUUAUGCAGCUUCAGAAAGCACCAAGUAUGCUAGUUUCAGCAGUCAGAAGGCAAAUCCCGCGCUCUGUUAUCAGGUAUCUAGAUCUUAUGUGAAUGACAACCUCUUGCUCAAGGGAGCUGUUGCCGGAUAUAAAGAAACAGAGAUAGGGCUAUUAAGCACUUGCGUUCCAACUUAUGACAUUGACCUCAUCUGGCACUCUCACCAAUUGCAUCCUGCUUCUUACGAUAAAGAUCUUGUGGCAAUAAUGCGAAAGGUGUUAGAGCAUGAUGACACAGAUUCUGACAGAACCAAUUGUCAAAAGCUAGAUGUUGGGUUUUCUGAGAUAACCAAGCAAUGGGAAGAGAUCUUUAGCACAAGGUACUGGAGAGCGGGAGCAAUGUACCAUGGUGGUGCUCCAUCUCCUCUCACCAUCAGUCUCACUGUCUCAGCCAACUGCAAUUACAAGCAGUUGGUGCUGAUUGUGGCGGUCAAAGAUUUACCAGUCGGACAUAAAGGCAGCCUCUUUGUCUCCUUUAGUAAGAAACAGCCAGACCUGUUCUUCAAUACCAGGAGAAGAAUUAACAUUUCUUCUGAAUCAGAGGAAAUGGUUUCUGGUUUUCAAUGCGAACCUACUGGACAUAUGCUAUUUGAACUUAUGUCCUAUUCUCCUUCGAUUUUGUCAAUAUCAAAGACUCCUAUACUAUUAAAAACCAUCACUCUGGAGGACCUCCUCGGUCCAGUUUCUAAACUGCAAGUAGAGAAGUGGUUUGGGUUGAUGGCAAAUUCUGCAGUUGUUGGAUCAAAGCCCAUCAUCCUACGCAUUGCUUUCUCUUUGACUACUCUGAUUCUAUCGUCAUAUGUACUGCACAUGGUUUGUACAUGUCCAUUAUCAAAGUCUUGUUUCCUUUCACUCUCUGGAAGGUUUCAAAAUGCUAAAAGCUGGACAUGUACUGUUGGUGAGGCCGAUAAUGAGCUUAUGAGCAUCCAAAUGAGAAAUCCAAGAACUUCUAGACCGAAGUGUACCCUCUACAUUGCUCUUUCUCACACACGUAAAAUCAUGAAUGAGUUAUCUGGGAGCAUUGAUGGUAGUGAGCCAUAA